AAUCCUGGCAGAGCUUUAUGGAGCCCAGUUCUGGCAGGCUCCCAGGACUCGAAGCCACCAGACCGCACAUGGAACCCAGGGCCACGUGUUCAGCUGCUGCACCCUUGGUGGAGAGACAGUUCCGUGUUCUUGUCGGUGUCACUGGGAGUGUUGCAGCCCUGAAGUUGCCUCUUCUGGUAUCAAGGCUUUUGGACAUUCCUGGCCUGGAAGUAGCAGUGGUCACAACUGAGAGAGCCAAACAUUUCUACAGUCCCCAGGAUGUUCCUGUCACCCUCUACAGCGACGCUGAUGAAUGGGAGAUGUGGAAGUGCCGAUCCGACCCAGUUCUCCACAUUGACCUGCGGAGGUGGGCAGACCUCAUGCUGGUAUCUCCUCUCGAUGCCAACACGCUGGGAAAGGUGGCCAGUGGCAUCUGUGACAACUUGCUUACCUGUGUCAUCCGGGCCUGGGACCGCAGCAAGCCCCUGCUCUUCUGCCCGGCGAUGAACACCGCCAUGUGGGAGCACCCCAUCACCGAGCAGCAGGUGGGCCAGCUUAAGGCCUUCGGCUAUGUCGAGAUCCCCUGUGUGGCCAAGAAGCUGGUCUGUGGAGACCAAGGUCUGGGGGCCAUGGCUGAGGUGGGCACCAUUGUGGACAAAGUGAAAGAAGUCCUCUCCCAGCACGGUGGCUUCCAGCAGAAUUGA